AUGAAUAAAUCUUUACUGAUAGUCACCAAAUUACCUAUUUAUUCUAGUUUCAUAAAACCUUUGACAUGUCUCAGUACAACUAAAAAAUAUUUCAGUAGUGAUAAUAAAUAUAACCAAUAUGUACCAGUGUAUAAAUUUCCUUAUAUAAGAAUAAUUUCUGUUAUAAACAGAUUAAAAUUAUAUCAAACGUUUUUUACAUUAGCAGCAAUUCCCACCAGUGCUUCACUUGCUGAAGCACAUAUUGUACCUACAGAGACUGUAUGGUUUGCAGGAUCUUUAGGUUUAUCUGGUUGUAUUGCUUUGUACAGUUUUGGAUUGUUGACACAGAAAUUCAUAGGUUUGAUUUAUUACAAUGAGAGCAAAGAUCUGGCGAAAAUUUCUUAUUCUGAUUUUUGGGGAAACCGAAAGGAUUUAGAAAUACCAGCAAAGGAAAUUAUACCUUUGUCUGAACUGCCGACUGCUCCCACUGAUGCUGCAUAUUUAACAUUCAGGAUGUUUUCUUCGAAAGAGACCUUCAAAUUUAGUAUGAAACAUGGUGUUGUGUUAGAUGAGGAAAGAUUUAAGAAAGUUUUAUAGUUAUAUAUAAAUACAUUUUAAUUAAUUAAAACAA